UCCACUGUGAGUCCACUGUGCGUAUAGCAGCAGGUUCCAAAGCGUCUUCCCCAGUCCACGUUCACCAGCGGCACAAUCAUGCGACACUACCCGUUUGAUACCUGGCUGGUCGCCGCCGCCUUUGUUACUCUCGCCUGCCAUGGCACUCUGGCGCAGUCCAGCGAAAGCAGGGAAACUUUGGAGAACAGCGGAGAACUGGACACAUCCAUCGUGAACGUGGACGUUUACUACGAAGCAUUAUGCAGCGAUAGCAUGCGGUUCAUCGCUAAUCAGAUCAUGCCGUCGUACGAUGAACUGAAGCAGCAUCUCAACAUCACGUUCGUUCCUUACGGCAAAGCUUCGCACACGCGUGAAAGCGAAACCGGUCCGUGGCAGUUCACGUGUCAGCACGGGGCCGCCGAGUGCCGUGGGAAUAAGGCCCACUCGUGCGCGAUGCACGCCAUCCAGUCCUCCGAGGAGGCUCACGAUCACCAGGAGAUGAUGGUCAAGCUGGUCCACUGCGCGAUGACCGCGCAAAGCCCAUCGACCGCCGUUCCGAAGUGUGCGAAAGACAACGGCCUGAGCGAGGACACACGAAAAAUAAUCAGUAAUUGCAUCUCGGGCCCUCUUGGCGACGAGUUGCUUGCGGCGAGCGGUGACAAAACGGAUGCCUUCCAGUCACCACUUAAAUUCGUGCCAGCAGUGGUAAUCAACGGGGAGUACACGCAAGAAAAUCAAGACUUGGCGAUAAGGAACUUCCCGAAACUGAUCUGUCAGCAGUUGCCGGAGAAUCAGAAGCCGGAUCUCUGCAAAAACGUGAAUUAAGAGGGAUUAAGGAGGGAAGAAGGAGGCAGGCCGAGCCGCGCGUUCGAGGUGCGGGGACAAUUUGAUCGCUCGGUCGAGAUAAACGAUAUAUUGUUCACUUUUUAACAUACAUAAGUGCCUAUGUACAAAAAUAUAUACGAUUUGUCAAUUA